AUGGCACAGACCCUUCUAUCCCCAUCCACAAAUCUUCCAAGUGCUCUGCUGCUACCAUCUCCUACCUCUAGUCUCUUUGAUAGGAACUUAUCAGCACUAUAUGAAGCUUUCACGAGGCCCUCGUCUGCAUAUCCGCACGGGCCUCUAUCUGCCUCAAUCCAGCAGCAACAUGGCAUCCCCACUAGUAGCAAUACCAGCAGUAGUAGCCAUAUAAAUGGGGCAGGGGAGAACUUGGAUCCGGCAAAGGAUCCCAGAACCGCAACCGACAAUCUAUUCUCUCCUGCUGUAAAGGGUCUGAAUGUGGAUCCGGAAACCCGUGACUCGCUAGCUAGCUUCUUCUUCUCAUCCUCCUCACCAAACCACAGUAGCAGUCACAACGACAACACCAACAACACGGGAAAUGGCAGUAACAAUAGUACAGCAAGCUCGAUACAGCCGUCAGUCUUGCAUGAACCAACGCCGGUGCAUAAUAGCUAUAGUAGCAAUCCCAUAACAACGACAAAAACACCGCCGUUUGUACCCCCAAUCACUACCAACUUCAAUCACCAUCAAGAGCAUCACGUAUACCCCAACAACGUAACAGCAACCAGUAAUGAGCUCAUGACGCCGUAUCGUGAUCCAACACUAGACUAUAUAAUGGGAAGUUUCUUGGAUGGUAUGGAAUCUCUACAAUCGCCCGGUGGAACCUUUCCUACUUUUGGAAUGCCAGGAAUGACACCGAAAUCUGCAAAGCCAGUCCAGUAUUCAGAUACAAUGCUGUUAUUAGAUUUAGAUGGUGGUGAAGGUCCAGACGCUGGUGUCGAUGAGAAAAUCAUAAAACAGGAACCAGUCGACUCAACAAUAACAACAACACACCCACUAAUGCACAGGCAUCCGCAUCAGCAUCAUCAUAUGCAACCUGGAGGAAACUUUCAAUAUCCUACCUAUCCAACCCCGCUUCUUAUAGAUAACCGCAUGCAUGCAACACAAUCUCCUGCAACAUCGUCUAAUGGCACCCCACUACUCCAUUGGCCUACCCCAACAUCAGUAACACCCAUGUAUAUAACAACAACAUCAGCAGCAUUGAAAAAACAGCAACAACAGCAACCCUCAUAUAUGUAUUCAUCGCCAUAUCCAACACAACCAACUCAUCAUGGUGUCAUACAUCAUCCUCAUCACCACAUGAGAUAUGCACCUUAUCCUGCCUCGUACGGAUCAUUGGGAAUUUCAAUGGGCAUUCCACCAAAUACAGUCAACAUGUCUGCAAAUAUGAAUAACAUGCCGAACGGUGGAGGAAAUAAUGCUCCACCAGUUAACGUCUUGCAUCAGCAGCAAAUGAAUAGUAACAACAACAAUAGCAGCGUUAGUAAUGGUAAUGGCACUAUAAGUAGUAGUAGUAGUAUAGGGGGUAUGGCUAUGGCUGCACCAGGUGGACACCAGCAAUCGAAUAAAGGUGGUCGAGGUACACCAACCGCUGUUGGUCCUGGUGGUGGUAACGGUGGUGUUGGUGGUAGUGCCAACCCUGCUGCAGCUGCUUCCAUAAUGAGUGCAUCCAAUUCAACACCUGGUGGUAGGGCCAAGCCAUUCAAAUGCGACAAGUGCCCUCAAACGUUUAGUCGCUCUCAUGAUCUCAAACGACACAUGUACAUUCAUACUCAGCAAAAGCCCUACACUUGUGCAAGGUGCCAAAAGGGAUUUAGUAGGCGAGAUGCUUUAAGGAGGCAUGAAAAGUCUGUUGCUGAAGGAAAGAAGGUUCAUUGUGUUCCCCGACCACCAGGACAGCCAGGUCCAGACGGUGACGAAGACUACGAUGAAGAGAUGGAACAAGAUGAAGAAUGA